ACCCUCGCCGAGGUUUGCCCUAAAGCAGGCCCACGCCCUCGUUCUCCUUCUCUUUCGACGGGCGGAGGUUCUACAGCAAGCGUCGCGCUUCGCCUCUCCCUCUUUCGUCCUCGCACUCUAACCUUCGCAUUGCCACCCGCUCUUCCAGCCUCUCACCAUGGGUAAGACACGGGGUAUGGGAGCUGGGCGUAAGCUCAAGAACCACCGCAGGGCUCAGUUGUGGGCUGACAAGUCCUACAAGAAAUCUCACUUGGGUAACGAGUGGAAGAAGCCAUUCGCUGGUUCCUCUCACGCCAAGGGUAUCGUUCUGGAGAAAAUUGGUAUUGAGGCCAAGCAGCCCAACUCUGCAAUCCGUAAGUGUGCCAGAGUGCAACUUAUUAAGAACGGAAAGAAGAUUGCUGCCUUCGUUCCCAACGAUGGUUGUUUGAACUACAUUGAGGAGAACGACGAAGUGCUUAUUGCGGGAUUCGGUCGUAAGGGGCACGCUGUCGGAGAUAUUCCCGGAGUCCGUUUUAAAGUGGUGAAGGUAUCUGGUGUAUCUCUUCUGGCUCUUUUCAAGGAGAAGAAAGAGAAGCCACGAUCGUAGAGGAUGUUCAAGGUGCACCUUUUUUUUUAUCUGUAGUUGGUCAAGAAUGUGAUGCAGUGCAUUGAACUUGCGUUCAUGCUAACACAGUCUGUCAAUGGGAUGAGCGAGCUAUUGAACCUAUUCGUACGGCAUGUACUUUCGCGCGUUUAUUAUUUGAGCACUGCUUAAGCAACUACGAGCACAGAAACC